AUGCGCCCUUUCUUCCGCAGAUUCCUACUUGUAUCUCUAAGACCCUACAAGCUUAAGAAGACAAAGAAACAGUCCUCAGCCACCCCUCGGAGCCAACCUACAAUUGAGCAACCGACUCGGGGAGGGAAUCUUGGUCGCCCGCGGGCGAAACCUUGCUGCGAGAACUGCAACAUAAUUCACAACAGAAUCGAUACAACCGAAAGACCCGAACGGAGAAACGACGGUGACGAGACCAAGCAAGAUGGUGAGAGCGGAAAAGGCAGCAAGACGAUGCCUAUCCGUGACACCUUGGCAGGUGCUAGAGAAGAAGCCGAGCCAGACCCAGAGCCCAUUACAUGUCUGAGCAAGAGACACAGACUGCUCACUGAGAAUGGGCCGGAGCGCGUCUGGGCUUGGGUUCGUCAGGAACCAGCAAUGGGAGCAGGAAGAGAAACUGCAGAGAGAUUUUGGACGGCGAAAAUACACAGGAAAACCAGGCGCGAGGAAGCAUCGGCACAGACCAAUCUGGUCCAGAGUCAUGAACAAAAGGGUCAAUUCAAAUCAUGCCAUGGAGGCAUGGGAAUCGUUACCGUGAAAACAGAGAUCUCCGAACAUCGAAAACCGAGAGGCCGAGAAGUAGGGGAUAACAAGAAGACCGCCUAUGAGCCCGGCAUUACUCAGUCCACCAUUGGUAGAAUGGAAAAAGCGCAAAACACCAGUAUUUGGCAGAAAAGACAAGACCCCGUAGUCUACAAGGGAAGCCCGAGGAAUCUGCUUGCCUCUAGACCGGUGGUCGCCAACAGUGCACUUGUGCAACAGAGAAGUAAAGCUUUCCUACACCAUCGACCAUAUCAGGCCCUUGCCCGGAUCGAUCAGAGGGCAGAAGCCCUGGGUCGGGCGCUGGGUAUCACGACUCCAGAAGGUCUGAAUCCCAUGCAUUCUUCUGGCAGACAAAGGCCUUCGGGCCAUGAUAGCAUCAGACAAUGGGGAAUCGAACCGAAUCACGGCGAACUUGAUCUCAAAACCGGCAAAGCUUGCGAUUUGAGCUACGAGACUGGCAUUAUCGAGUUUAUCGACAAGUAUACCAAGUACAACCAAGCGCGUGAUAUGGACGACCAAAGAAGUGACAGCAACAAUGGGGACAACGACGAUGAAUUGAGCACAAUCGUCGUAGAAUAA